AUGCCGUGCGAGUUCAUCAGCGGAUUAGAGGUGACGUAUGGCAACGCGCUGGCGGCUGGCGGAGGCUUCCACCGUGUCACGACGGCCGAGGGCACAGCCGCCGAGGUCUCGCCCCACACUUAUCUCUGGUACAAGCUCUCGUCGCCGCGUCCUCCAAUGGCCGCGACUUCUGAUUCGGAUUCUGAUUCGCAUCUCGCCAUCAUGCAGCUACGCAUGGGCACGGAGCAGGAGGGAGACAACUGGAUCAAGCUGGACAAGUCGAUUGACCGGACGAACGGACGUUAUCUAUGGUUCCAGGUGACACAAUUCAAGGCCCCGACGUCGCCGUCAACCCGAACAAAGCAGCAGCUCAUGCCGUUAAAGGAGAUCCGCGUCGUGCGGCAUCUCAAGGACUUACCGGAAGGCUUUGAAGCACUCAAUGAGCCGCUCGUGAACGCUGAAGACGGACGUGAUGAGCUACGUACGUAUUUGUGUUUCCGCCGAUUGGCAAGUGAAGACUUUUCCGACUCCAAGUGGUCGAUCCUGAACCAGAAAGUAGGCGAGUGGAUCGAUGUCAAGGAUUUGUCUUCGAACAAGUGGAGCGUGGCGCAGAUUGUGCACCAAACAGCAUCAGAAAUUCGUGUACACAUCCCGACGUGGAGGAAAGGACGCGACGAGUUUUUACCGCGUUUAACCUGUACGAAUCGCGUCGAUAAGCUAGGCAAGCACACAAAUGUGUACAUGUCACCAGCGUACCCGUUGCCGCGCAAGCAAGGAAUCUUGUGGAACGCCAAUAUGAAGGACUUGCACCACGCUCGGGAACAGUUUGACAAGUACUUUUACGACCGCGACAAGCAACAGUCGUAUCUGCCGCGAUUACUUAUCCCGUUUAUUGAAAAGUCACUGCUGAGUACGCUUCUGUCGAGUGAUCUUGCUGACGAAAUGAAUGCAUUCUACCAGCACAUACUUAAGAAUGUCGUGGCGUGUACGCUUGGCAAUGAUGCGGGCAGUGUUAUGGUAUACAUGCUGUCGAUCUUGCGAAUGAUCCUCAAUGGACACAGUUCGUGUAUGUUUUUCUAUAGCAAGUACCCUGGAAGCUACACGGCGGCAAAAUACCAACGUCUGGUGUAUAUGUCAUACUUAGUGGGCUCAGAUGCACUGACAGCACUCCCGGCUUGCCAUCCGUGUCGAUCGCUUCACUUUGUUGACAACGUCGACUUGUUUGUGCAAGCGGGAGGAUUUCGGUUGAUUCUUGACCGCCUUGAGGGGGCAGAAGUUGCCUUGACUGAAGUAUUGCUCUAUUGCACGAUUCUCAAGUGGGCAAAACCUUGCCUUACGCAGCAAAAAUGUCGCUCACCAGUUCGUCGUCGCUCGACAAUAGAAGCUCAGACUGGAGAUUUCGUCCGGGACUUUCUAAACGCGACAUUCUCACGGUUGCGCCGUAUGAGUAGUGAAGAGCUGAAAGAUGACAGCGGACUCAUUGACCAAAUUGUCGGUGUGCUCGACUUGCUUUGCCGUGAUGGGCUUUUACUUGGCGACUGCUCUGGAGCUGGGACCGAUGAAACUGUUGCCGCUUCUCGUUCGGCUCUGUCGUGUGACGUGGAAUUCACCGAAGCAAUCGAGACCUUUCAUCUGGAUCUGUCAAAAAAGCUCAUUUGUUGUCCAUACUUAUCACAGCGUCUCCUCGGUAUAUCGCGUACCAAUGAUUUAAUUUUAAUGGCUCAACAAAAGGAUACGCUACAGAAAAAAUCAAGCUCGGCUUCGGUGCGAACACCGUCAUCGAUAAGUCCAGCGACGUCCGUCAGCACAACUACUUUGAGUGUAACGCCAUCCUUACAAGCUUUAACUUUUGGCGACCAGCCCAUGACGAAAUGGCUGCGCACGACAUACAUUGCAGAGUGGUUGGUGGCGUCUGACAUUUUAGAGGUGAUUUUAGGCGAUCGUCAAAGCUGUGCCAAGUACUCUCUUCAAGAUGGAGCUCAUCUGGAAAUUCUUAAGCGCUCCGAAAAGAUAUUUGGCUUCGUAGCGGCUCAUGGCCUUUUGACGGAGCAGCACAUUGUGUUGAUGUGGAAGACGGCGCUCAGUCAAUUGCGCUCAGGCAGAAAGACAGUCUUCGAUAUCUUGAUAUCACUUUGCAGUGUUUUGUCAGCUGAUUUGAUUGAUGUCAUCAUGAUGCUUCUGACUCAAGUACCUUCAAGUGACUAUGACGAGCUCAUUGUGAAUUUUAUCAAGCGCGUUAUCAUGAUUGCUUCUAAGCUUAUAGUAGACAUGGAGACGGGCAGCCUUAAGAUGACAUUGACGUCCCUGGUUAGUGCUGCGUCUGGAUCAAAACAGCUCAGUGUUUGCGCUCAAAAAGAUGUUGAGGUUUUGAUCAAGGUAGUGAGCUUGUGUUGCAUGCUGUACUGGAAUGCGCUCCUCCAAACCGAGGUACCGAACGACGAAGGGAUGACUACCGGUUUCGGGCUGCGUGGUUCGAUGCGAAGUGAAGUGGAGGCUGCCCUAGCUGACUCAUUGAACCACGUGCAAAAGCUAUGGAUUUCUGCCGGAGCAUCGUCAUUUGCGUCGGGAAGGGAGCAGCAACAGCUGUUGAGCGACUAUCUCCGCAAGUGCGCCGAGAACAUUAAAUCUGGCACACUGGUGGAGACAUGCAUGAACUUGAUCUAUCGCAUCGUAGAUGGGUAUGGGGGAAGUACAUCCUCGCUCGCGGCUUCAACAUUGGCGCUGACAAGAACGAACACUUCUCCCACGACACCCGGCGAACUUCUCGAAGGAUUGGAUAGUAUGCACAACAUUGUGUCGGUUGUCGUCGAGGUGAUCAAAGAUUAUGCUGCUGCGUCGCGUCCAAUCGAUGCAGCUCAAGCCAAAGCUCGCGUCGUAGCUUUAAAAAAGCGCUUGGCAUUUCUAGGGUUCAUUGUGACCAGGUCCGACCUUAAGCUGCCUUACGACGCUGUAUGUCAGCUUUGGACUUGUUUUGAUUGUCCCAGCAACACAGCUGAGGAGCGAGACGUAUUUUUUGCGUGGCUGACGACAGUUAUCCCCGAUCCGAACAAUUUUGUCCAUCGAGCCUACUCGGGACACACGGGAUUUUCCGGGGCCGUAGUAUGUGAAAUAUUCCAGUCGCUGAUUGAACCACAAUCCGCCAGCACUGUUGGAAAUGAUACUCAAAUUCGGUUGGACUUGCGAACUAUGAACAGAGAGUCGUUUUGGGUGUUGGAGCGGCUUUUUCGGUUCGUUAACACAAGCGCAAGGCGAAUGGUUUCCCUUGGUGUAGCUAAAAGCGCUCCAUCGCGAAGCGUGUCAAACGACAAGAUGGAGGCUGGUUUGUUUGUCGUGGAAGCGCUUGACUUGCAAGGUCUUGAGACGUUGUAUGAUGUGGCAUUGUUCGCAGAGAAUGAUGUUGUGAGCCAGCAGGCAACCAACUAUUUAAUUUAUCUACAGCUUCACGUCGGCUCAAAACUUGUCCGGCGCGAGGUGUGGACAGAUUUCGUAACAAAUUGUCUUAGCAGACUAAAGGAGACGGUAAAGAGCACCACCGUCCACGAGUCGAAGACACGCGAAAUUUUUCGUCUACUAGUGCUGCUAGAUACGUUUCUUUAUCAAUCCGUUGUACAGCCCCAAGAAAAUGGAGGGCUUUCUGGACCGGAAGGGAUAACAGUCUACAUUCGAACACAAGGUGGUCGAGUGGCAGCACCUUUUCAGUAUUACGUAAGACGGACAUCCCUUGUGUCAGAGCUACGUGAUCGAAUCGCCAAUGACACAGGCCAUCCAGCUGACCGAGUUCGCAUCGUAAAUUCUGCAAAGACUAAACUAACAGCGCAAGGGCAUGGAAAAUUUACGCUUGAGAAAGCGCGUGUAUUCGGUCCAUCCUCUGUAUCGUCACGAUUAUCGCCAAGGCGGUCGCAAACGCAAACAGCAACAGGUACACCUCGUAGGACGUCCAAGUACACGAGUUAUGUUGAGGCAAUUUUGCUGUCGAAAGUGGAAAGUGAUACAAGCGGCCACACCAGUCGUAGCAUCAUGGACUACCAUGGGGCAGUUGGGGUUGCCGCUGCUGGAAAUAUUAGCAGUUCCGAGAGCGAUUGGCAUGUGAUCAGAUUGGAGAUUUCAGGAAAUGAUACUUGGGUAGCACUCAUGUUUAAUUUGCUGUCCUACAAUAAUGGAAUCGCUGAAGAAGCCUGGAAGGUACUCAGGCUGCUCACACCAAAUGAGGAUAUGGAAAAGCAAAUGCGUUUAUUGACCGGCAUGCUAGCAAUUGAUGGCUCCAUCCGCGGGGAAUCGGGCUCGUUCAGUUGGGAUACGGUGUUGGAUUUAACGUGUCCUGGAAAGUUAUUGUAUCAACUUGAAUUAGUGGAAAAGUUCGCGCUUUGUGGUGAUGGGCGUCAGACAGAUGAGAACAAAAACGCCGACGGUAAAGACUGCAUCCACAUAGACGACUAUGACGUGAGUAGAGUCGAUGGGGGGAUUGGCGCAAUCAAUACAUGGAGUGCAUCUUUUCUGGAGCUUGGCGGUCUGGCACAACUCGAAAAGUUUGUUUUGUUGUCGAGCCCAUGCCAGCUGCUCGCGCAAGGAACACUUUCGGUUAUGUGCCUGUCAAAACUGUUGUUGCUGCUGCGCCAUUUUGUGCUGGUAGAAUCUAAGUUGGCAAAAGAUGGCGGUUUAACUCUUAAGACGAAUCUGCAACAAUUGAAUCGUCAUCUUUUCGGGAUGCUGAUCAGCCUUCAAAGCAUUCACGAAGAACCCAAAGAAGCUGAUCCAGUCACCACGCUUUCUCAUACAAGCGCGUCAUCACAACUGCAACAUUCAACGGCAGAAGACGAUCGGCUCGAUGUAACACAGCCUCUUUUAACUGUGUACGAUCGCCCGCAGGUUGAAGACCGGGACAAUAUCAACAAUAUUCCGAAUGACGCCCAUUUAAUGACCCGUUUACUUUCCUGUAUCGCGACAUGUUCGCUGAUGACUACGCAAGGUGCAUUGGCACUGCUGACGAGCUGUCCAGGGCACGGCGAUAUUAUACUUCGCUGUUUGGUGGAGAGCCGCUUUCAGCCUGUUCGGCAAGAAGCUGCCAACGCGAUUACUGUCUUAUCGACCACUACAAACGAAAAUAAAGAAGAUCGCGCGGCGUGUUGCAACUAUUUCUUGCGUCUACUAUGUGGAUAUGCUGGGGCAGUACACGACGAGGAGUACUACAAUGUGCUCACGCUACUCAUAACAAAUGCAGAAAAUUUGACCGAGUUUGCGAUACUCGAGUCUUGCCGAACUUUGUGCCGUCGAAUUAAGACGUUUAGAAUCAAUGACGACGUGCGUGCUGGGCCGCCUAGUUCUACGUUUCUUUCGGCCCGAAGAAGUAGCUUGAGAAUGGAAGAAAAGGAAUGCAGGACAUCAGCUGGACCUACGUCAAGCACUCUUGUCCCUUCUCCUUCUCCUGAUGUGCUUUUAGAAGGACAAUUGUCUACUAUGCUUGCCAUCAUGAAGCGAAUCCCGGUGGUACUAGCAGGUGAUGUUCUUGAUGCACCGUGUGACGGUCGCAGUUUACGUGGGGUAAUUGCACAAACCCUUCAUGCAGAGGAAGGGAUUAUAAACGAGCUUUUCCACGAGUGUUUGUUUUCAUCAUCCGACAAACAAACAAAAGUUGAGACUGAAAUUGGCAGAGUUGACAAGGAAGAUGCUGGUAUUCAGGCGUCAUCUACAUCACAUUACUUUCUUGAGCAGCCCAAGUGCCGUAGUGACACAUGCCGCGAGGUUGCAUUUGACCUAUUGAGGGAGCUUUCAAUCGACAACACUGAUGGCCUGCGCUUUCUGUUGACGCAAAUAGCAAACCAGCACACACUUGAACGCCCUUCAGGUGCCCGCACCAAAACCUCGACAGCUUCAAUGCCAAAAAAGAAGAGCUCAAAGGUGUCCAAGGAUCGGUCACUUCAGCGAAAAAAGUUUGUGGGUCUGAAGAACCUUGGAUGUACUUGCUAUCUGAACUCGACGAUACAAAGCUUUUUUAUGAUGCCACGCUUUCGUCACCACAUCUUGCGGCUCCAAUCAAGCAGUACUAAAUCGGACAAGGCAAGUUUGACGUAUGAGCUGCAGUCGUUAUUCGCUCAUCUAGAGGGCAGUGCCAAACCUUACUACAACCCGCUACCGUUGAUUUGCGCAAUGAAGACAUGGGACGGUGAAAGUGUGGAUGUGAACGUCCAGCAGGAUGCUAGUGAGUUCCUGACGUCUUUUUUCCAGCAGAUUGAGUCAGAGAUGAAUGGCGUCAGUGCCGGAACGGGCGGUCAAUACACAGGCGAUGAGAAUAUUUUGAACACAUUUUUUGGAGGUGAGUUCAGUAACGAGCUUAUUGCUGAAGGGGACCGCUACAGCGAGCGCUGUGAGCCUUUCCACUUUAUUUCUGUACCAGUUCGCGACCGCAAAAACUUGAAGGAGUCGCUGGAUGGGUGGGUCGAAGGCGAUAAGGUUAGUUAUACUUGGGAAACAGGCAGUGACUCAAAAAUUGAUGGCAAAUUAGAAGGUUACGGUGGACACGACGCAAAAGUAACACUCGAGACGCACAAGCGAAUCUCUAUUUCGAAGCUGCCUUCGUACUUGAUCAUCCAUCUCAAACGCUUUGAGUUCGACUUUGAAAAAAUGCAGCAAACUAAACUUCACGACCGUUUUGAGUUCCCCACCGAACUAGAUCUAUACCCGUACACAAAGGAAGGUCAGCAAGAGAAGAGGAAAGCAUUGGCUUCAUCUGGAGACGAUGGCGCCACCGGCCACAAGAUACGGCUGAGUACAUGCUCAGACAGCAUGAAUGACAGAAGAACGACUGCUCCAGAGUACUCUCAAUAUGAGCUCGUCGGAACGGUUGUGCAUCUUGGUACGGCUCUCUCAGGACACUACUAUUCAUUUUUGCGAGACCAGCAAGUGCCACGUGACAAGAGCCAGUGGUACGAGUUUAACGAUACGGUGGUGACCCCGUUCGAUCCAUUGCAAAUUCCGGACGAGUGUUUUGGUGGUGAGGAAUCAACGCGUGAUACAAUGAACAGUAAAUUCACAUCGCCGGAAGAAACUUCCACGCUGCCAGCGAAGAUGAAAAACCGGAGCAGUUUCAUGCUGUUCUACGCUCGAGUGCCUCCUGAUCUGCGUGCCAUCAGCAAAAACAACGUUGCCUGCAUCAGUUUCUCAAACGCUGUAUUCGUGACAGUGUUUUGCGUUCGCCUAAAGAAGAGAGCAUCUGUAAAGCUAGCAUAUUUGCGCAGUGUGGCUUGCGUCAUUGCACCAGAGCCUAUUCGAAAACUUAUUGCGACGGAAAACCGCUUGUUUUGGCGUAAAAGGUAUCUGUACGACACAAAAUGCCUAAAGUUUACGUACGACCUUUUGCGAUCUUGCCUCGUUGGGCUGGAUAGCUCCGCGACAGCAGCGGUGGUGCCGUGCUUCGAGCCGGCAGAAGCGCAGUUCGAGGCCCUACAGGUGGCAACGAGGUUUGUAUUUGGCACAUUGUGGCAAGGUGGUGACGUGACCAAGGUGCUAGAAUGGCGCCCUAUUCUUCAGGCACUCUAUCACACUGAUAUUGCUGGCUGUCGCUGGUUCCUAUCGACCAUGGAGGCGAACGAGUCGCUGCUUCUGGAGCUGCUCGUCUUUAAUGAGCAUUGCGAAGUUCGUGAAUUGAUGGCUAAUGUGGUAUCAGAAGCCAUUGCCACCACGUCAAAUAUGGAGUUCGAAGAAGAGGUUGACGAAGAGCUUCGGGCGGCUCGUAUCAGUGGAAAGAAGCAGCUUCCUGCGUCGUUCGAGUUUAUGUUCUUCUUGAUCCAGUUGAUGCCUGCGUUGCUCACAGUUCCAAAUCCUAACCAUCGUCAGUAUUUUCUCGUAAUGUACGACUUCGUCCAGACGGGACGCAACGAAGGAUCUUUUCUCGUCGUGAAUAGCGUCGUCGGUGCGAUCGUGGCACUACUUACGGGAAUGGGAAGCUCACAACCACUGCUCCAACGACAACUGAAAAAGUACAAGUCAAGUCAAAUUUUGAAGCGCAUCGAUUUCAAUGUCACGAUUUUAAAGCUGCUGUCCGUGCUCAUUCGUUGUAGCUUACCUCCUGCAAUGGAUGUCGAAGUGGAUGACGAGCACCCGCUUGUCCUUCCGUCCAGCAUGGCUCAUGACCAUGUGGGUCUCUCACCGGCAGACCAUAGCGUCCUUCUCAAUGAACGCUUUAUUACCCUGCUUACGCAGCGCGCAAAUCACUAUACAAAGGAGACGAAGCCGCUUGAGCAGAUUGUGACUCAUUUAUGUUGGGAAAGUCGACGUAUCACAGCUGAAUUUGUGAAAACGAUAAUGCAUGGCAUUGAAGUAGAAGAUCAUCACGACGUCAAGCCAUACUUUCGUACGUUGAACUCACUCCUGAAGAUUCGAGAUUCGCUUGCAGUAAAGCGUCUGACGGACAGCCUCACCGAACUCGUUGCCGUAAUGACGUUGCAACAGCGGUACUUUAAGGCCACCGAAACGUCACUCGAUAUGCUCACGAGACUCGCGAAACGGCACAGCGGCGUAACCCAAUGGCUGAGGGAAAAUCGACAGAGUUGUGAGUGGAUGGAGCAAUGGCUGGAUGCCCACCGCGGUGCUGACGGUUGGCUGCAGCAGCACAGCAGUGUUUUAGUGAAACCCAAUAGCACCUCAUCGUGGGUAAACGUUAGCGUAACAAGUGCUGGGCUCAUUAAGACUAUUGACCGCUCGACCGCGAAAUUGCUUCCACGCAUCCGCAGCAUUUUAAAUCCGGAGGCUGUUGUGGACACCUUUUACGACAGUGACGACAACCCACACCGGCUUGUCGGCAAGCGAGUCCGUGUAAAAUGGGCCAAGGACAGGUGGUACGAAGGAAAUGUCCAACAAUUUAACGAGGACACGUAUGAACACUUUGUGGUGUACGAUGAUGGCGACAAACGCUUGUAUCGCAUGUCGGAAAAGCUCUUCUAUGUCGUGAACCUGGCGCCAUCGCCCAAGCCUCACAAGUAG